CCAUGGCCUCCCGACUCCUGCACCGGCUGCGGCACGUCCUGGCUGGCGACGGCUCCGGGGAGGUGGCGGCCGGGCCCGAGGCCGAGCAGUUCCCGGAGAGCUCGGAGCUGGAGGACGACGACGCCGAGGGCCUGUCCUCGCGCCUCAGCGGCACCCUCAGUUUCACCAGUGCGGACGACGAGGAUGACGAGGACGAUGAGGAGGUUGACCCCGACCUGCUUACCCCCGGGGACGGGGCUUCGGGAGAAGACGCAGAAAGGAGUCCUCCGCCUGAUGGGCCUCGGGGUGGUCAGCUCCUGACCCGGCAGCUGCAGGAUUUCUGGAAGAAAUCCCGGAACACCCUCGUGCCCCAGCGGCUGCUUUUCGAGGUGACCAGCGCCAACGUGGUUAAGGAUCCACCCUCCAAGUAUGUGCUCUACACCGUCGUCGUGAUGGGGCCAGGGCCUUCAGAUUGCCAGCCGGCCCAGAUCUCCCGCCGUUACUCAGACUUUGCAAAGCUCCACCGAAGCCUGCAGCGGCAGUUCCGGGGCCCCAUGGCUGCCAUAUCCUUUCCUCGGAAGCGCCUGCGCCGGAACUUCACUGCAGAGACCAUCGCCCGCCGUAGCCGGGCUUUCGAACAGUUUCUGGGCCACCUGCAGGCUGUACCCCAGCUACGCCACGCCCGGGACCUGCAGGACUUCUUCUUGCUGCCCGAGCUGCGGCGGGCACAAAGCUUUACCUGCACUGGUCUCUACCGGGAGGCUCUGGCACUCUGGGCCAAUGCCUGGCAGCUGCAGACCCAGCUGGGCACCCCCUCAGGCCCAGACCGCCCCCUGCUGACUCUGGCUGGGCUGGCUGUGUGCCACCAGGAGCUGGAAGAUCCCAGGGAGGCCCGGGCCUGCUGCGAGAGGGCCCUGCAGCUGCUGGAGGACAAGAGCCCCCAUCCUUUACUGGCACCCUUCCUGGAGGCCCAUGUCCGGCUCUCUUGGCGCCUGGGCCUGGACAAACGCCAAUCAGAGGCCCGGCUCCAGGCCCUGCAGGAGGCAGGCCUUACCCCCACACCACCCCCCAGUCUCAAAGAGUUGCUCAUCAAGGAAGUGCUCGAGUAA